GGCAAAAAGGCACACCACCCAAAACCUUGUCGUAGGACCUCUACUAACCCUCAAACAUGUCUGCCCUCGGAAGCAGGGAAGCCGGUGUAGGUACUGGUCGUAGGAUGAGCAUUGCUGUUGUGCUGCUGGCAGGGUUCUUAGUAGCCACUGUGAGUGGCGAUUCCAAAGCUGUGACGACAAGCCUUACAACAAAAUGGACGUCCACCCCUCUGCUUCUGGAAGCCAGUGAAUUCUUGGCUGAGGAGAGUCAGGAGAAGUUCUGGGAUUUUGUAGAGCUCAAUCAGGACAUUGAAAUUGACCAUACUGAUACUGAUCUGUCCUACUACCAUCUGAUCCUGAAGAGAGCCGGCCAGCUUCUCAGCCCAAUCCAGCUCAGCCUGCUGAAGUUCUCCCUGUCCUUGAGGUCCUACUCGGCCACAGUACACUCCUUCCAGCAGAUCGCGUCCAAUGAGCCCCCGCCCUCUGGGUGCCCGGCCUUCUUCAGUGUCCACGGCGAAAAGUCCUGCGACCCAGAGAGCUUGAAAGCCUUGCUGGAGAAUGCCUCUGACAGGCCCAAGCCACACCUCUUCAAGGGGGACCACAGAUUUCCCUCCUCCAACCUGGAUGCCCCGAUCGUCAUCCUUUAUGGCGAAGUGGGCAGCGGGGAGUUCGCCAAAUUCCACCAGCUGAUGCUGUCCAAGGCCAACAACGGAGAGAUCACAUAUGUCCUGCGCCACUUCGUAGCGAAUCCCAGCAGAAGCAAAGUGUUCCUCUCAGGGUAUGGUGUUGAGCUGGCUAUUAAAAACCAGGAGUACAAAGCUAAGGAUGACACUCAAGUUCAAGGCGCUGAUGUGAACGCUACAAUGAUUGGAGAGAACGACCCGGUGGAUGAGGUCCAGGGAUUUCUCUUCGGCAAACUCAAAACCCUGUACCCGGAGUUGAAGGAGCAGCUGAAGGAGCUACGCAAGCACCUUGUGGAAAGCACCAAUGAAAUGGCCCCGCUCAAGGUGUGGCAGAUGCAAGACCUGAGCUACCAGACGGCUGCGCGCAUCCUGGCCGCCCCCUCGGUGGACGCCCUCACGGUCAUGAGGGACCUGAGUCAGAACUUCCCCACCAAGGCCAGAUCCAUAACAAGAACCGUGGUGAACUCGGAGAUUCGAAGGGAGAUAGAAGAAAACCAGAAAUUCUUCAAGGGAACCUUAGGCCUGCAGCCAGGAGACUCUGCCCUCUUCAUCAAUGGACUCCAUAUUGACCUGGAUGUGCAGGACAUCUUCAGCGUUUUUGAUGUUCUGAGGAACGAGGCGCGCGUGAUGGAGGGGCUGCAGAGCCUUAAAAUCGAGACGCCCUUCAUCCACGACAUCCUCAAGCUCAACGUGCAGCCGUCCGACUCGGACUACGCCGUGGAUAUCCGCAGCCCCGCCGUCAACUGGAUCAACAACUUGGAGACGGACGGCCGGUACAGCUCCUGGCCCUCCAACGUGCAGGAGCUCCUCCGGCCCACCUUCCCAGGGGUCAUCCGUCAGAUCCGCAAGAACUUCCACAACUUCGUGGUCAUUGUGGACCCCGCCCAUGAGAACACUGCAGAGCUGCUGAGCGUGGCCGAGAUGUUCUUCAGCAAUAACAUUCCGCUCAGGAUCGGCGUGGUGUUCGUGGUCUCCGACGCCGACGACGUCGACGGGAUGGACGACCCGGGCGUGGCCCUGCUGCGAGCGUUCAACUACAUCGCCGACGACGUGGACAGCCAGCACGCGUUCGAUGCCAUCAUAUCGAUGUUUAACAGGGUCCCGAGCGGAGGCAGGCUGAAGGUGGAGCACGUGGUGGGCGUGCUGGCGAAGAGGUACCCUUACGUGGAAGUGAGCAGCAUUCUGGGGGCUGACUCGGCCUACGACAAAAACAGGAAGGAUGGGAAGAGUUAUUACGAGCAGACGGGGGUGGGGCCCCUGCCGGUGGUGCUGUACAACGGCAUGCCGUACCAGAGGGACCAGCUGGACCCAGAUGAGCUGGAGACCGUCACCAUGCACAAGAUCCUGGACACCACCAGCAUCUUCCAACGUGCCGUGUACCUGGGCGAGCUGACCGGCGACCAGGACGUGGUGGACUUCAUCAUGAACCAGCCCAACGUGGUGCCUAGAAUCAACUCCAGGAUCCUGUCCACUAGCAGGAACUAUCUGGACCUCUCCGACACAAACAACUUCUUCAUUGACGAAUACGCCCGCUUCCUCUUCCUGGACACCAAGCAGAAGAACACGGCCGUGGCCAACAGCAUGAACUACCUGACAAAGAAAGGAAUGGCCACUAGGGAUACCCACGACGACAGCUACAUCCGUCCAGUGACGUUCUGGGUCGUGGGAGAUUUCGACCAGCCUUCCGGCCGACAGCUGCUUUACGACGCUAUAAAGCACAUGAAAACCAGUAACAAUGUCCGCCUCGGCAUGAUCAACAACCCGAGCGAGAGCCCGUCCAACGACACCCACCGCAUCGCCCGGGCCGUCUGGGCGGCCAUGCAGACCCAGUCCGCCAACAACGCCAAGAACUUCGUCACCAAGCUGUCUAAGGAGGAGACGGCCGGCGCCGUGGCUUCGGGGACCGACGUCGCCGAGUUCGCCGUCGGGGGAAUGGACAUCCAGCUGUUCAAGAGUGCGUACAAAUCCCCUAAGGUGGACUUCCUGCUCUCCCACGCGGCUUUCUGCAGAGACGUCCUGAAGCUGAAGAAAGGCCAGAGGGCCGUCAUCAGCAAUGGGCGGAUCAUUGGCCCGCUGGAGGAAGGGGAGGUCUUUAACCAGGAUGACUUCCUGCUGCUGGAGAGCAUCAUCAUGAAGACGUCAGGAGAGCGGAUCCAGAACACUGUCCAACAGCUGGGUGUGGAGGAGCACAGGGCCAGCGAUCUGGUGAUGAAAGUGGACUCCUUGCUGUCCUCUCAGCCCAAAGGGGAAGCCCGGAUUGAGUACACCUUCUUCGAAGACCGAUACAGCGCCGUCAAACUCAGGCCCUCUGAGGGCGAGGUGUAUUUCGACGUGGUCGCCGUGGUGGACCCCGUGACUCGGGAUGCCCAGAAGCUCGCCCCCCUCCUCCAGGUCCUCAGAAAGCUCGUGAACGUCAACCUCCGGGUCUUCAUGAACUGCCAGUCCAAGCUGUCCGACCUGCCGCUGAAGAGUUUCUAUCGGUAUGUGCUGGAGCCGGAGGUGUCCUUCAUGGUGGAUAACAGCUUUGCCCCGGGCCCUGUGGCCACCUUUCUGGACAUGCCUCACUCCCCCCUCUUCACCCUCAACCUCAACACGCCCGAGAGCUGGAUGGUGGAGUCGGUGCGCACGCGCUACGACCUGGACAACAUCUACCUGGAGGAGGUGGAGGGAGGCGUAUCUGCGGAGUACGAGCUGGAGUACCUCCUCCUGGAGGGGCACUGCUUCGACGUCACCACAGGGCAGCCCCCCCGCGGCCUGCAGUUCACCCUGGGCACCGCCUCCGACCCCGUCAUCGUGGACACCAUCGUCAUGGCCAACCUGGGCUACUUCCAGCUGAAGGCCAACCCCGGGGCCUGGGUCCUCAAACUGCGCAAGGGCAGGUCGGACGACAUCUACAAGAUUUACAGCCACGAAGGGACGGACUCCCCGAGCGACGCGGACGACCUGAUCGUGGUGCUGAACAACUUCAAGAGCAAGAUCAUAAAAGUCAAGGUUCAGAAAAAGCCGGACAAAAUGAGCGAGGAGCUCCUGAGCGACGGCACCACAGAAGACGACUCGGGAUUCUGGGGCUCUCUGACCAGAGGAUUCACAGGGGGAGCAAAGACUGACGAGAUCAAGCAGGAGAAAGAUGACGUCAUCAACAUUUUCUCCGUGGCUUCCGGACACCUGUACGAGAGGUUUCUCAGGAUAAUGAUGUUGUCAGUCCUGAAACACACAAAAACACCAGUGAAGUUCUGGUUUCUGAAGAACUACCUGUCUCCAUCAUUCAAGGAGUUCAUCCCUCACAUGGCGGAGGAGUACGGGUUCCAGUACGAGCUGGUCCAGUACAAGUGGCCGCGCUGGCUGCACCAGCAGACGGAGAAGCAGAGGAUCAUCUGGGGCUACAAGAUCCUCUUCCUGGACGUGCUCUUCCCCCUCGCCGUGGACAAGUUCCUGUUCGUGGACGCGGACCAGAUCGUCCGCACCGACCUGAAGGAGCUGCGAGACUUCAACCUGGACGGGGCGCCCUACGGCUACACCCCGUUCUGCGAGAGUCGCAGGGAGAUGGACGGCUACCGCUUCUGGAAGUCGGGCUACUGGGCCAGCCACCUGGCCGGCCGCAAGUACCACAUCAGUGCCCUCUACGUGGUCGACUUGAAAAAGUUCCGGAAGAUUGCAGCCGGCGACCGGCUGAGGGGACAGUACCAGGGCCUGAGCCAGGACCCCAACAGCCUGUCCAACCUGGACCAGGAUCUGCCCAACAACAUGAUCCACCAGGUCCCCAUAAAGUCCCUGCCUCAGGAGUGGCUGUGGUGUGAGACCUGGUGCGACGACGCCUCCAAGAAAAAGGCCAAGACUAUCGACCUGUGCAACAACCCGCAGACCAAGGAGCCCAAGCUGAAGGCCGCCGUGCGCAUCGUGUCCGAGUGGAGCGACUACGACCAGGAGGUGAAGAGGCUCCAGGGCCGGCUCCUGGAGGAGAAGGAGAAGGAGAAGGGCGCCGCCGCCGCCGGCGGCAACGGGACGACGCGGGAGGGAAAGACAGAUGGCGGAAAGCACACGGAGCUGUAAGCUGCGGCGCUCUGGGAGAAGACAGCACACGAGCUCUGUUUAAAGAGCUCCUUUCUGGGGUUUCGAAACCUUUUCCCAGAGCACAGCCCGCGGUCCUACUGAAAGACUUGACACGACACUGAAUGCAAAUUCAACUUUUCUAUGGGAGAAGAAACAUUGGGAUGGGGGGGGGGGUGGGGUGGGGUUUAGGAAUAUGAGAGGUGGUAAUCUUUGGUGGGGGGGAGGGGGGUGAUUCUGGCUGUUUUGCUGUUGCAAGGGGCGGGGGGGUCAUUUUGGUAAUUACAAGGGAAAAGGUCAAAUCUGCCAAGAGGGUUCUCAAGGACGGGUAAAUUGGGACAGGGAGGGCGCCUUGCUCUUCACUCCUUGCCUCUAACCUGUCCAAGGAGCUUCAGUGCAUACGUACGCCUUGGGUGUCUGAUCUAGGGUGUCUGAUCUCGGGUGUCCGCACCCAAUAGACCAGCAAAAAAAAAAUCUGAAGCCAAAAGCCAGAAUCGUAAGUCAGUCUUGCCCAGCAGAGCAAAACGUUUGAGGUUCUUUAAAACAAAAAAAAAAAUAUAUAUAUGAUAAUUCAUAGGGUGCAUUAUGAAGAACAGGCCUCUUCUGUUUCCGGUGUCUCUUCGGGAAGCAAAAUGGCGGCCCGGUUUCAAACAACUCGUCUAUGUCGCCAUCGCCCCAGCCCGAGCCGCCUAACAUUUCAAAAUGGCAGCUCGUGCCCUCGGCCGCCUUCGACACCGGCUGUGAAUCUGCAUGCAGUUGGCGAGAAUGGUGUUCGAAACGACAACAAAAAAAAAAGAACGCGGAAUGAAUCCCCCCUCCCCCACCGUUCUGUCGCUGUACGUAGCAACGUUGGCCCGAGGCUGGGGAGGGCGUGGCUCUGGAGGUUUUACCAUGUUUUUUUUAUUUUUAUCCCGGGUUCGGGCCCGGCCCCUUCAGAGGAAAAGGUUUGAGUCUCAGGGAGGGUGGUCGUCCUCGUGUCUGUGGUGGGUGGAUUAAAACAAAAGCCAAAAAUUCAGAGGGUUUCACCGAGGGUUUCCUCCUCACCAAGGGUCAACAAUGAGAAGAAUUCUAUGUUAAGCAGACUGUUUAAGCCUAUCCAGCUGCUCCGAGCACAUGUCCUCUUGGACUGAACUGCACACAGAUUUCUAUCACUGAUCGCUUCAUGUGUGUGGAUCUGCAUAGAUUCCCACGGAAUACAGCUAGCCUUGAAGAACAGUUUUAUAUGAGGUAGAUGGGUUUGUUCUUCAGGGAGGCUGCCUCCUCUUGCCCUUCCUGGUUUGACUGGUUCGACACUGAUAGGGUACGAAGUUCCAGCGCACAAAAAUUGGGCGAAUGAGACCGAAUUUAAAAAAUGUUAUCAAUCGACGUCAUUGCACUUUAAAUUAUUAUGGAUUGCGUUCUUGGCCGCAGCGCCGCGUUGCGAAUCAUGGAGAAAAUUAUUUUGUGAUGUCAUUAAGCCCCGCCCGCACUGCUACGGGACAGUUGCAGUGCGGCUGCUGUUCUGCUUCUUCUUCAGUCUUCACGGUCAUUUUGAGCAGUGAGUUGUGCUCCGGUGUUCGGUUAAUAGAGCUAGUCACGCGUAACGACAGAGGCGAAUAGCGCGUGGCUGCUAUUUAAAUCCAACUUUCGUUUUAAUCUGUCUUUACAACGGCGCGUUUUGAAAUCAUGGAAACUUCGCCGUUCUCCUCCGGUCAGUCUGGAAGCAACCGCCGCGCUCUUUCAGAUGCGCACGGUGGGCCAAACGAAACGGAGCGCGCAGCUUCCGCAGGCUUCUACCAGCUGUUUACUGACGUCUCCACUUGUGAUCGCUCAUUGUUGUUUCUCUGUACUUUUUUUUUUUUUUUUUUUAAUCAAAUAAAAGUAAUGCAUUUUUGACAUCAUUGGAUGACUUUAGUCACCCGUGGAUUUUUGGCUUUAUGUACUGUUAACUGUGGAAUAUAAAUAUUUUUUAAUUAAAACACCCAUGUACCAAAA